AUGACAAAAGAAGGAAACAAAUAUACGCGAAAAAAAACUGAUUUACACUCUUCCAUCCUGCAUACAACAGCCCCAUCCUGCUCCACUUUACCUCCUUCCCAUCUCCUCGCCUUCCACCUGUUACAUCCUUCCUCCACACUCCUCACCAAGGUGUACACUUCCUCCACACUCCUCACCAAGGUGUACACCUCCUCCACACUCCUCACCAAGGUGUACACCUCCUCCACACUCCUCACCAAGGUGUACACCUCCUCCACACUCCUCACCAAGGUGUACACCACCACCUCCUCCACCUCACCAAGGUCACCUCCUCCACUCACCAAGGUGUACAACUCCUCCACACUCCUCACCAACGUGUACACCUCCUCCACACUCCUCACCAAGGAGUACACUUCCUCUCCUCCCUCACCCCCAUGA